UUUGUUAUGGUGAGUGCGUGGUCGGAGCAGUGAGUCCACACGCUGUUCUGUAGGUGGAGAUGUUUCACAAUGUGCUGUGGAAGACCCUCGGUUUUGUGGGCUACACGGUUCAGUAUGGAUGCAUCGCACAUUGUGCCUUCGAAUACAUCGGGGAAUUUGUGGUGUGUUCAGGUCCAUCCAUGGAGCCCACUAUUGUCAACCACGACGUUGUCUUCUCUGAACGGAUGAGUCGUCAUCUUUGUAAAAUACAAAAGGGUGAUAUAGUAAUAGCAAAGAGUCCAUUCGACCCCAAUAUGAACAUUUGUAAAAGAGUAAUUGGACUGGAGGGAGACAAGAUCUGCACAAGUUCCCCAUCAGACUUCUUCAAAACCCACACAUAUGUUCCAAAAGGCCAUGUGUGGCUCGAAGGUGAUAACCUGAGGAACUCCACUGACUCAAGGAACUAUGGCCCAGUUCCCUAUGCGCUCAUCCGAGGGCGUGUUUGCUUGAAGCUCUGGCCACCACAUAAUUUUGGGACCCUGAGUGAAAGCCCAACCAAACGCAUCACUGAUACUCCGAGUGACUCUGACUCAAAUUAAGUCAUUUAUUUAGCUUUGCUAUCAUUGUUUGUAUUGAUUUUUAAAUAAAACUGAUAUUUAUUAGA